CAGCCUCCCCCAUCACCUUCCAAGCCCACCUCCGGGACCACCCUGACCUCCCGCAGUGGCUGCGGUACAUCCAGCGCGACCCCCCCCAGCCCGGCUACCCCUACGCCUCAGCCGGACUCAACACCAGCGAGGAGGACCCCAAUGAUGGGGGAGCAGAGCACAAGGAUGGGGUGCAGAGCCCCAGGAUGGGUGGGCAGACACCCCUGGUAGGAGGGCAGAGCCCACUGAUGGGCAUCCAGCUGGUCCACCACACCACCAUCCACGGUGACACGGAGGAGCUGAGGCACAUGGCCGCCAGCCGGGAUGUCCCACGACCCCUUUCCACCCUUCCCAUGUUCAACAUCCGUACGGGUCAACGCAUCAACCCCAUGCCCGGUCCCUCGGAUGGUGCCCGCGUCCCCCUCCUCCCGCACAUCCAGCUGGCCCACCACACCCCCAUCCACGGUGACACGGAGGAGCUGAGGCACAUGGCCGCCAGCCGGGAUGUCCCACGACCCCUUUCCACCCUUCCCAUGUUCAACGUCCGUACGGGCCAACGCAUCAACCCCAUGCCCGGUCCCUCGGAUGGUGCCCGCGUCCCCCUCCUCCCGCAGUGA